AUGAGAAAUACGCAGGAACAGAAUCUCGAGCUCGCACGAAUCGACAAAGGGCCUGUAUCCCUCCUGCCGGUGACAACCCCACCCGCUACGCACGUAGCCGGUGCACUAGCAACACCAACCGCUCGGACGGCCGCGGUUGGAGAUCCCAAGCUGCCCUCGGACCAGUACCCGCAUGAUUUUCGGGCUCACCUCACAUGCGGAUCACCAACCCCCUCCAACACGGCGUCGGCGCGUGCACACCGUAUCAUGCAGCCCCGACGCUCGCACCACCCACCCACCCACCGCGCCCCGUCGCCCGCGUCUCACCUCGGCGCCGGCACCCUCCAGGCCGAUGCGGGGGAGGGCGGCGGAGCUCGGGAUGCGGGCCGAAGAUGCAAGGCUACGUGUACCCGCCAACGCGGGAUCGAGCCUUGCCUUGCGCGUGCGCGCGUCCCGAUACCUGAUUCCAACUGUCGACUGUCCGCCCGCCCGCCUCCCCCCUGCAAGUGGAUGCGCGCUCGUGUGGAUUGGCGGUGA